AUGACAAAACUCACGCUACUCUGUGGCAAAUGUGUUCAACUGGCCGCUAGACGACUAGUUUUUAUUGAGCGCCGAGUUUCCUCUAGUCAUGUGUACAGACCAAGCGUAGUUGUUUAUCGAACAAUUGGACACACCACAACACAAACAACCACACAAUUUUCCUUUUUCUCCUCAACUCCACAAUCCUCCAGCACAUCGUAUGAUGCCACAGAUAAAAAUUCUCUUUCAAAAACAACCAAAUAUGUAACCAUGGUAACUUCCAGCGAUGGUCUGUCCUUGACCAAACCUUUUUUGUUCUUAUAA